AUGGCCGGGAUUGCUGAGGACCCAGUCUCAAAUAAGGGGGCUCCAUACGUCGUACAUGAUGUUGAAGACCAACCCCCACACUCUGAUGCCGGAGAGAUCACGCCUGACGAUGGACUCAUUGUCACUCAGCAUGAACGGCUGGGUCUGAUGCGGGGAUUAUCGCAACGGCAUGUUCAGAUGAUUGCUAUUGCAGGUGCAAUUGGUACGGGUCUUUUUCUCGGCCUCGGUAGUUCAAUCGCUACCGGUGGUCCACUGGGCGCCCUGCUAGGUUACGCUUUUAUUGGUCUGGUGGUCUGCGCUAUCCAAUUCGCCCUUGGCGAGGUCUCAGCCUUGCUUCCGGUAACGGGCUCAUUUGUUCGUCAUGCUGAAGUUCUGGUUGACCCGGCCCUGGCAUUUGCAAUUGGCUGGAAUGUCGUGUAUGGAUGUUUCAUCAGUGUGCCGAGCGAAAUCUCCGCCAGCGUGGUUUUGAUUCAAUAUUGGACAGACAUCAAUGCCGCGGUGUGGGUGACCAUCCUCAUCGUGGUGUCGGUUGCUGUUGCCGUUUCAUUCAUCGGCGUGUAUGGUGAGAUCGAAUUUAUCUUCGCAAUUCUCAAAAUCCUGCUGGUCAUCUUUGUCGUCAUCUUGGGCUUGGUCAUCGACCUCGGCGGCAUCCCAGGAAAGCCGCGAUUGGGCUUUCACUACUGGAAGGACCCUGGUCCAUUCGUUGAGUAUAUCGCUUCGGGAUCCUGGGGUCGUUUCCUGGGCUUUUGGGCUGUGAUGACCAAUGCCGUUUACUCCUUUGCAGGUGUAGAGUCUUUGGCCAUGGCAGCUGCGGAAACCAGGAAUCCACGCCAAAACAUUCCCAAGGCCUGCAAGCGGGUGUUUGCACGAGUCACUCUCUUCUACCUCGCUGCGGUCUUGAUUGUGGGCAUGUUAGUGCCGAGCACAGAUCCUCGCUUGGAAGACGACUCUGGAACUGCUGCAACGAGCCCCUUUGUCAUUGCCGCUAGUGAUGCGGGCAUCAAGGCCAUUCCAUCUAUCGUGAAUGCCGUAUGUCUGACAUCUGCAUGGUCUGCCUCAAACCAGAGUAUUUUGGCGGGUACACGAACAUUGUACGGCCUUGCAGUCAAAGGUCACGCUCCUAAGAUUUUCCUCCGGACUAAUAAAUGGGGGGUGCCAUACAUGUGUGUUGCAAUGCAGGUUGCUUUCUCCUUCUUGGCCUACAUGUGCGUAUCGAACAGCGCCACCACGGUCUUCUAUUGGUUCGUGGACCUGACUGCCGCCGGUACUUUGGUCUCGUGGAUCACCAUUGCCUCGAACCAUGUUCGCUUGCUCCAAGCAUUCAAGGAACAGGGCAUUUCACCACAUACCCUGCCUUGGCACAACAGUAUCACUAGAUAUACUAGCUGGUUUGCCUUGAUCUCGUGCAUUAUUCUCUUGUUGACUGGAGGGUUCACGGUUUUCACGAGUGGAAGCUGGGACCCCGCUACCUUCGUAUCAUCUUAUUUAGAUAUCCCUCUUGUCUUAUUUGCCUACGGAGGCUAUAAAUUGAUACGGCGCACCAAGAUAAUACCUUUGCAGAUGGUGCCUCUACGUCAAGCACUGGACGAAGCUGAAAACGACCCCGAGAAUGUGCCAAUCAAGAAAGAGACCAUCUGGGCGAAGAUGAAUAUUCUGUGGGGCUAG